GCCGCCAUGCGCCGCCCUCCCUCCCGGCCGCCGUAGCGCGGGCGGUCACGUGCCGCGGUCACGGGACCCGCGGGCCGCUUCCCGGAAGCGGCGGCAGGAGCCCGGGCCGGGCGGUCCCGGUGCGGCCGUUCCGCAGGGCCGGUGCCGCUCCCCGCACUCAUGGCCCGUCCCGCCGCGCCGGAGCCGUGGUGGAAUUACUUUUUCCUUUAUGAUGGUUCGAAGGUUAAGGAAGAAGGAGAUCCUACAAGUGCUGGGAUUUGUUAUUUUUAUCCUUCUCAGACGCUCACGGAGCAGCAGGAGCUGCUGUGCGGGCAGCUUGCCGGCGUGGUGCGCUGCAUGGCCGAGAUCUCUGGAGCUCCCCCAAGCCUCAUUCGCCUGAGGAAGCUCAAGUUUGCAGUUCUGGUGGAUGGCGACUACCUGUGGGCUCUGGGCUGUGCCGUGGAGCUCCCUGACAUCAGCUGCAGGCGCUUUCUGGAGCAGCUGAUCAGCCUCUUCGUCUUCUACAAUGGACCCGUGCGACCUGCGUACAUGGCAUUUUCUCAGGAGGAGCUGAGCAAGCAGUGGGACAGAUACAUCGAACAUAUCCAAAAUAACACCAGUGACCUCCACAAGAUUUUCAAUUCUCUCUGGAACCUGGACAAAACCAAGGUGGACCCCCUGCUUCUGCUGAAAGCAGCUCUCAUCUUGCAGACUUGCCAGCGGUCCCCCCACGUCUUGGCAGGCUGCAUUCUCUACAAGGGCUUGAUUGUGAGCACCCAGCUGCCGCCACCUCUCACUGCCAAAGUUCUCCUGCAAGGUGAUGAGUCUCCGCACCAGAGCGAGCCUGGAGGUGAGGAGCAGCGUGAGCCUGAUUCUCUGUUGCCGCAAGGUGUUCGUAUCAUCCCCGUAUUCCUAACAGAAGAUGAAGUCUCAGUGCUCCGAGACUUUCCAGUGGAGUGGAUGUCUAGGUCACCUGUGUCCCACACAAGCCCCAGCGGAGAGGGGAAUGCUCUCUGCUCCCAGACAGUGCCAGAAUCAACAGGCGUUCAUGAAAACCAAGCCCUGAAUAACAUCUCUGUGCAGGAGUGCCCUUGGCCAGCUUCAAGCACAGCUGCAGCAGAAGGUGCUGCGCAGUCAGGCAGCCUCACAAACACAGGUCCUCCAAAGGGCUUCACCGAGAUGGAACCCAGUGCAAAGAAUUCUCCAGACAGCAAAAGCUCAGAGCUCAGUAGCAAAGCGUCAUUCCCAGCAGAGAGAGACACGAAGCAGCUGCUGAGCCCUUCCUCACUCCAUGCUGCUGAACAAGCUCAAGCAGCAGGUCUGUAUCUAAAAGGCUUCUCCUUUCCAAACCCAUAUGCCCAGGAGCAGAAGAGUCAGAAUGUGGGGAAAUCUCUUGCGGACGCUGAUGUUGAGCAAUACGGUUCCCCAAGUUACUCUACAACCAGCAAACAAGACGAGCAAAGGACUAUAAGUCAAAGCAGCAUCUCUGCAGAAAGCAGCAGUGCAGCUGGUGGCGAUGUGCAGGGUUUGGAUUGCACGGGCACUGCAGUGCAGUCAGAGAACACACGCUGUCCCCAGAGCGGGGACAGUGUCCAGCUGCCUCGGGUGGACGCUCUGGGGGCCCAGGGUGGUGUGGAGUCAGGCAAACACUGCAAACCAGUUAAAAUGAGCUUGUACGUUCAUUGCAUCAAGGGGCUUGUGCUCUCCCUGCUGGCUGAAGAUCCCCUCCGAGAGGACCAGCGCUCCGUGGAGGAUGUGUACCACAGCAGUCUGGCUUCUCUGAACGGCCUUGAGGUUCAUCUGAGGGAGACUCUGCCCAAGGACUCCUUGUCCUCAGCCAAGACAACCUACAGCUUCACUCACUACGACUGUGUUCAGAACGUGCUCACGGCCAACCUGCCCCGCACACCGGGGCCUCUGGACCGGCACUUCCUGAGAGCGGCCACGCUGAUCCACAGUGACUUCGGGCAGCUCCCCACCACCUCCGAGGUCAUUGUCAGUUGUCACAGGAGGGUGUCAGCAAACAUAGCAGUCGCUGCUUUACUCUGUCAAGGAGGAGCGCAGAGUCCUUUGCUUUGCUCCCUGCCAGCCCUCUCCCAGGAACGCCUCCACGGCCGUGUACGCCUGCCGGAACCCUGUCCAGGAAACCUACUUCCAGCAGCUGGGCACUCCGCUCCGCAACUCGGGCGUCCCCAACCCCCAUGACAGUGCCUUCAGCCUGCCCAGCAAGGCCAAGCAAAAGCUGCUGAAGCACGGAGUGAACCUGCUUUGAACCCACGCAUCUGAGCCCAUGCUGAGCGUUCAUCUCCAAUACGUAUAAUCUCAAAGGCGUUUACUCGGUGGGAAGCAGGAGGCUCUGUGCUACGUCUGCAGGUUCUCAGCCUGCCUUGGCCUGGGGAACAGGCUCUGUUCCUGCAGCUCGUGCUGUGCCAGUGCAGGUUGGUGUUGGUGUUGGUGUUGGCUCUUGCCAAAGGCUGCAGAUAGAAAAUUGCUGUUGGGCUGCUUGGUUUACAUUGACUCUGGGACUAUUUGUGGUUCUCUGCUGCAGGGAGAGGCUCCUGGGGUGCCUUGACCUGAAGUCAAACCUCUUCUUGCCCUAAGCUACACAGACAGCGGGCUGCUGAGCAGUGCUGACUUUGAGAUGUCAGACGCUGCAUCUGCUGGGAGUCCUGUGCCUACACUUGCCCUGGUCAGACUUGGGCUUUAUUUAUAUCUCUUAAUCUAUAGAAAUGAUCCCCUGCCAUGAUGUAAUGCCUUACCUUGAUUAACAGCUUGUUCUCAGCCUAACUGGAAUAGAAUAAGUGCUGCAAAACUCAUAAUCCUCCUACAGGAGCUGUCAGGGGGUUUGAUACUAUCGCUGCAUCAGGGAGAUCCUUGUUCCCCCACAGCUGCCUUCCCAAUGGCCUCUCACUGGGGCCACGCUGAUGAAGGCUCUACACCCCCUGCCUGUGCCUCAGCCUCCUGCUCCCUCCUGCACAAGGACCUUUUUUCACCUCCUAACUCUUGCUACUUUCUGUUCUGUUGACAAAAGGCAAGCGGGAGCCCCUUGAGCUACCAGGAGCAAAGUGGGUUUGCAGCCCCUCGACACCCACUCUCUGUGCUGGGGCUUUCAGGACCUGUUGCUGUUACAGACGCACACAUCACCAUGACGGUGACAAUAAACGAGUCUCCAAGACUCAUGCAAGUGCAA